AUGGCUGUUCAUAUCAACUACCAAGAGCUGUUCAAAAAGGCAGAGAGCCUCUUCAAAGCAGCAGAAGCCCGAGCAGCCGAGGCAGACGCUCAGGUGAAAGCAGCGGAAGCCGAGGCAGAAGCUGCGAAAGCCGAGGCAGAAGCUGCGAAAGCCCAAGUGGCUGAGGCAGAUGCUCGAGCAGCCUUGGCAGAUGCCCGAACUGAAGAAGCCAAUGUUUGGGUGAAAGCUGCUCAGAAGCAGCUUGCAAAAACAGCGUUCUUCGAAUUUCUCGACAUAUGCCACAGCAACGUCUUCAUGAAGCUCGACGUGGAGAGAAACAAGCUCCUCUCGACGACCGGCGGACUGACGAGCGUGGACGGAAAACAAUACCCUCGCAGCCUUCAGCCGUGGACCGAGUUUGAUGCCCUGCACGACGAGAGCUUUGCGGUCUUUGAGCGAGCAUUCCGUUCGCAGGAACUGUUUCCUUCGCCUGCUGGCCUAGGGUAUCUUGCCGACAAGCUGAGCGACAAGAAGCUGGCCAGCGAGGAGGACUUGAAAAACUUUGAGUGCUUAGCUGUCGAAGGCUGCGUGCUCGACGUCCUCCCCCGAUUUCUCGAGCUUGUCAGCGGCGACACGUCGAUAUUUCCAAUGACCGACCCUCCCCGCGCCAUCUCUUUCAACAACUACCCGUUUGGCGUCAUCGCCGCCGAAUCAGACGAGGAACACAGCGAGCCUGAAGCCGAAGUGGAAGCAGACGAAGGCAGCUCCUCACAGCGGGAGCAAAGCCGAGGCCGGACUCAGCACCGGCCUCUCCGCAAACCCCUGCUGAUCAAGGACGACCGGCCGGCGUAUAUUGGCGCACUCGGUACUGCUAAGCGGGAUAUGGAUGCAGCCGCAGCAAGGGCGGCGGCAGAAGCGGAAGAACGAGAGACAUCGGGCCCACCGAUGAAGCGGCGAUCACCAGAGCGAACCAAGGUGCAUCCGGACCAGUGGUGUUUCCGGCACUGCGCAGACGACACCAUCGACGCCCGGCCGCUCUUUGUGAUCGAGUACAAAGCAGCACACAAGAUUAGCGAUUCUCUGCUCCGCGAUUGUCUCGUUCCCGAGACGGCGGCUUCCCUGAUGGAGGGCGCCAUCCGAACGGUUGCUGGCCAAAACAAAGCCGACAACGUAGCCACGGCCAAGCGAGACAUUGCCAAGGUAUUCACGCAAGUCUUCCACUACAUGAUCGACUACGGCCUGCAAUACAGCUACGCAACCACCGGCAAUGCAUUGAUUUUCCUCCACAUCGACCUGAAGCAGCCGACGACGCUUUACUACCACCUAGAGGAGCCGAUCCGGGCCGUACAAUCAGCCGAACGCGAGGACGUCAAACGCUCCGCUGUUGCGCUUGUGCUCUCGUUCGUGCUUAUGUCGAUGAAGGGCGAGUACAUGACACAGCGGUGGAAGAAGAGCAUACACAAGGAGCAGCCCAAAUGGCCCCAGCCAUAUGCAGACAUGAAGGACAUGAAGGACAUGCCUACCAACACUUUGACCGAUGUGUCGCUUGGUACAACGACAGCCACCCUGGCUUCAAGGACGGCGGAAGCCUCUAGAGACCCUCAAAAACGAAGCAGCACACACCGACAAGGCCGCGAUGACGAGCGGAACCCAAGCCCAAUGUCCCUCGCAAGCGACACGACACGAUCAUCAUGUGCGUCGAGCAAUGGCACGGUCGGCACAGCUACAACGCAGGUGGAGCCGGACUGUUCAUAUGCAGGCAAUGUCCCUGUAUCGCCGACUCUGGCGUUCUGCACACAGGCGUGCCUAUUGGGCCUUAAGACAGGCGGCAAAAAGGACCCGCGCUGUCCUAAUGUUCAUCUACACAGGCGAAGCGACGCAGAGGAUGAGCAGCACCCGAUUACGGCAGACGAGCUACGAACGAAACUCACGCAGCAGCUGGCUGACGACAUGGACCACGAUUGCCAGAACCUUGAGCGGUACGGCAUGUACGGCGCGAUUGGGGCGCUGUUCAAGCUAGCGCUAAGCGAAUAUGGCUACUGUUUCGUGGGCAAGGGUGUGCAGCGGGUACACUGCAAGCAGUUGGAGCAGGAGGCCUUGGCAUACAGCUUUCUGGAAGCGUGCCAGGGCCAGCUGGUGCCAGUGGUGUUUGGCGUGAUCGAGCUGGAAGACGAGUACUGGACUCAAUGCGGCGCGCACAUCUCGCACAUGAUGCUGAUGUCGUUUGCCGGUGAGUCGCUGUGGCACCACGGCCGGAAAACGCACAACCCGUCGCUCUACCACGAGGAGAUGAUGCGCACGCUGGAGGAGCUGGAGCCCUAUGGAGUGGUGCACGGGGACGAGAACAACAACAACAUGGUGUGGAAUGAGGAGCUGCAGCGCGUCAUGGCGAUUGACUUUGACCGUGCAGUAGUACCGCCGCAGCCGGCAGACGCUGACCUUGCAAAGACACUGUCUGCAGGCGGACAGGACAAACGGAAAGAGGCAUUUGACGAACACGAUAAAAAGGAGACGAAACGCGCUAAGCUAGAAGCGGACGGCACAACACCGUAA